AUGCCGUUGUUCGUUCAACCCCAACAAGUGGUUCUGGUCAUAUCACCCCUUAACGCGCUGGAAGAGGAUCAGGAGAUGAAGAAGGGCCGAGUUCAAGUCAUCGUGACAUCCCCGGAGAUGUGCCUCCAGCAUGCAAAAUUCAGGGAGCUUCUGAGUUCUCCGGAUUUUGCAGCAAAGAUUUGCAGCAUUGUCAUUGACGAAGCACAUUGCAUUUCACAGUGGGGCAAGGACUUUCGGCCGGAGUACGCUAAACUGGGUACACUGCGAUCCUUUGUCCCAGUCCAAGUCCCGUUCUUGGUCACAUCUGCAACGCUGCCUUUGCCUAUCCUAUCAGAAGUUCGCCACAAUGUCCACUUAGAGAAGGAGUACACGUACCAUGUUCAUUUAGGAACCGACCACCCAAAUAUUGCCUGGUUCACACGGACAAUGAAAGGCGGCAAGAAGGACCUGGAGUCCUUAGGUUCACUCCUGCUGGCAGAGAACAUGACGGUGCUCGAUGUUCCGCAGACACUUGUGUUCUUCGACGAAAUCAAUGUUGCAAUUGAGGCAUUGAAGCACCUAAGAAAGAGGUCAAGCCAUGUGUCUCAUCCGUAUAUCCAGGUGUACCACUCACGGAGGAGUCCUCGAGCCAAGAAGAAGCUUCUCAGUGUAAGGGCAACCUCAAGAUGGCCGACAGCGCAGGCCUAG